CCUUCAGUCCACUAGAAGGUAACAUUUAUACCUUCACAGCGGCUGGUCUAAACUCCACGCUUUUUAUCUCCGUCUCCAGGCUACUGACACUGCUGAGCAGCCAUCCUAGAUCCGACCUUUCUGCUCGACAAACAGCCUGCCUAACCUAUGCAGCGCGCCAGCUUCCGACCCACGUGACCUAGGGAUGUCACGUGAUGUGACGUCGGCAGGUCCCUACAGUGCAACCCUUCUAUUGCAGUGGCAGAGUGUGGGCUCCCAGCGAACACAUGUCUUGGGUGCAGGCGGCCGCGGAGCUCCAGUCUCAGGGAGAAGGCGAGGUGUUCGAUGAGGAAGCUGAUGAAAUGAGACUUCUGCAAAAUGACUGGAAGAAAUCCAUGGAGAAGAGGCUAAAGGGGGGCUAUCUUGAUGGGGUGGAAGCUGGGAAGCAAAAUUCACUGCAGACUGGAUUCAAUUUAGGAUAUAAACUGGGAGUGACCCUUCUAAUGCCCUGUGGAGAGCUCAGAGGAACAUUAAGUGCUCUCAUCACAUGGUGUAACAUCCACGACUCUGGUCCUUCAGCAUGUACACAGCUUGGUGACCUCUUAACUUCAGUGGUCCAGUGUGAAGACAACAUUGUGAAGAGCUUGUCAUCUAUUCAUCAGAUUUCUCAUCCAUCAGACUUAUCCAGCACAUUGGAGGAUAUGAAUUUCACAAGCAAGGAGUCCAUAGAGGGAUCAUGUAAUGCUAGGCAGGAUUGUUGCCUCCACAAGGAGCCCCUUCCUACUACAUUGCUCGGCUGUAGGACUACACCACAAUUAAGUAACAUAAUAAAACAUGAACUUGGUGGAAUUCUCAGAGACACCAUUGCUGUAGCUCAACAAAAUAAUUUGUCUGCAGAUCUUCUUUCUUAUUUGCGGACGCUGGAAAAUGGGGGUAUUCGUAACCUACAGGAAGGACGAGUACGUAAACCCUUCAUUUAGCCCUUUUGGGGCUAGACUAUUUAGUCUACUCUUUCUGUUGUUCUAGCUUUAUUAUAGGCUCGAUGCAAGCAUUUUUUGGAGUAUCCCCUCUCAAUAAAUCAUCCAUCCAAAUGUGAGGAUCCCAGGGGGGCCACACCGCAUGAAAAUGACUCAACCGGCAUGCACAGCACCUCGGCUCUUUCUUUUGAGGAACUUUCUAAUCUUUCUUAUAUGCAACAAUGCCGUCCCCUACAGAAUGAAGAAAAAGAAAAUAAUUUUGCACAUAAUUUUGUUACAUCUAACCGUGACUUCUAUCCUGUGCAGUCACGGUCUCCUGUGUUAGAUCGUUUCCAGGAACUUGUAGAAAGGGACUUGGUCACCCUAAAUGAUAAAGUGUCCUCACAGGAUAUUGCUCAGAAAUGUGACAAUUUGUCUUACAAAGAAAAUAGGGCUCUUAAAGAGCUGAUGCUUCUGAAGGAUAUUGUCAUUAAACAGGCGGACAAGGGUGGGGCUGUGGUGGUCCUGGAUAGUUACAUUUAUAAAAAGCAAAACCUCGCUAUGUUAGAGGAUAAUAGUACCUACCUUGAGCUCGACCACAACCCCACCCCCAUCUAUCAACAGGAGAUGCUGCGACUAUUGACUCAUGGCUUGGAACAUGGUUUCAUUAACCAAAAGCAACUGGACUAUAUAUUUAUCCAACAUCCAGUGAUUCCAAUUUUCCAUUCCCUACCAAAAAUCCAUAAGGGAGGUUUUCCUCAAGCCAUGAGGCCCAUAGUCGCUGGCAUAGGCUCCUUCACAGAAAGAUUGUCCGCCUGGGUGGACAGUAUCCUCCAGCCGCUGGUACAAUCCAUACCUGGCUAUCUGCAGGAUACUAGAGCAGUGCUGCAAGCAUUUUAUGAUUUUAAAUGGGAACAGCACUUCUCUUGGAUCACAGCGGAUGUUACAUCCCUAUAUACGGUCAUCCCUCACAACUUGGCUAUGGUUUCCUUAGUUUGGUUUUUGAAUGUCUAUUCUGACUUUUCCGCUACCUUCCAGGAUUUUGUUUGUCGGGUUGUGCUCUUUCUGCUAAAACAUAAUGUCUUUAUGUUCUCGCAACGUUAUUUUUUGCAAUUGACAGGAGUUUCCAUGGGGGCAAAAUUUUCGCCCUCCAUGGCAAACAUUUAUAUGGCAUGGUGGGAAUGUCACUUUUUAUUUUCAGCAGAUAACCCUUGGAGCGGCUCCCUGAGAUGGUACGGUCGUUAUAUCGAUGACCUGCUGUUCGUGUGGUCAGGCGAUACUGCGGCCGUGCCAUCUUUUGGGACCUUUCUCAAUAGUAACCAUUGCUGUCUAAAAUUUACCAUUUCACAUGACAUCACCACCAUUGCCUUUCUUGAUCUCUCUUUGGAGGGUGACUCUGCGACUCAUCAAGUCCACUCUAGUACCUAUCGCAAGGAUACGUCAGGUAAUACAACUCUCAUGGCCACAUCUUGCCAUCCUCCACAUGUGGUCCGUAAUAUCCCUAAAGGGGAAUUUAUUCGGGCCAAAACAAAUUGUUCUAAAGAUGACAAAUUAAAAAUGGAGAUGGAGAUAGUGGCCAUGAGACUUGCGGAGCGCAGGUACCCUCCUUGGACUUUAGAUCGAGCUAGGGCCAAGACAUUAAAUAGACCCAGAGACAGGCUUGUUUUUCCGGACAAAGCACAACCCGACCUACCUUCAUGCAUUAAUAGACAAACUAAUGCAGCCGCAAAAAAUGUUCCCUGUUUCGUCACCAACUACAGUUUGGAAUUUUCACAAAUCUGCGCAAUAGUUACUAAACACCUAUCUGUUCUAAAUGGUGACGAACAGUGGUCUGACAUCAGCUCAGCAGGUGUCAGAUGCAUUGCACGUCGCGCACCGACUAUUGCGCAAAAAAUUAGCCCAAGUCUUUUCACUGACAGUGACACCAGUAAAAAAGAAAAAAGUGCUUGGUUGAGACACAAAGGCACAUUUAAAUGCGGCCACCGCAUUUGUACGUGCUGCAAUUACAUUAAAACAGGUUCAGCAGUUGUCUCAACAGCAACUCAUAAUUCUUUUAAUAACAAACAAUAUGCAAAUUGCAACACGAACUAUGUGGUGUAUUGCAUUACCUGCACUAUAUGCAGUCUGCAAUAUAUUGGAUGUACAACCAAUAGUUUAAAAGUCAGAAUUUGUAAACACCUCUCAGACAUCCCACAUACCAAAGAAAGAAAUGUUUCAGCGGCCAGUCUACAUUUCGCGGUCUCUCAUCAGGGAGACACCGCAGGUUUUCCAGGUACAGGCCCUAUAAAGGGUUAAUCCUCCUGCUAGAGGUGGUGACUAUAAGAGAAAGCUCUUUAACAGGGAAUCCUACUGGAUUUUUUGUAUGGGAUCCCGGGUCCCAGCAGGGUUAAAUCGCAAACAUGAUUUAAUCCUGCAUUACUGAUCUUUGCUCAGAUAUACUUUUAAAACAGUUUGUGUUUUUUGACAUAUCCAACUUUUUAUUUCUAUAUGUGUCUUUGCCCUUAUACUCACAUGGCAUUUGGAUAGUAGGCGGAACCCAAUUUGUGUGUCCACUCCUGCUAAUCCAAACCAUCUGUGAGUGCUAGGAAGUUCAGCUAUUUAAGUAUGUAGCCAUUCAGCAACCAAUGUGUCAUGAAUAAGGAUCAGUAUUAGAGCAUCCGAAACAUGUAGACCUGCUUGCCGUGUUGGAUUGUCUUUUAUCCUGUGUUAUUUUGGAAUAAAGAACAACGUCUUUUUUGGAAAGCUGGACAUCCCGUCUUAUUUUCAUACAGUUUGCAACUGGUGCCCCUUCCAAGCACCGUCCGUGCUUCCACUGCAAGACUGACCAGGUGAGCGCCGCCUACGGAACUUUUAUACUUUGUGCUCAAGCCUAAUAGUCUUCUAAAUGAUAUAUGGAAAACAUUGAGCAAUUUUACCAUUACUUCUGUUGUGCAUCUGCAAUGAGCAGGACCGUGGUAC